AUGGAUAAACUAAAUAAAUUUAUCAAUUGGGAUUUUCAAACUCAUUUAAGAAUAGGUGCAUUGAUUCGCUUCCUACUUGUUAUAUACAGUAGUUAUCACGACAGACACUUUGACGUUCCUUACACAGACGUAGAUUACAAAGUAUUUAUUGACGCCGCAAAACACGUUUACGAUGGAAACUCGCCAUAUAAAAGACACACAUACCGCUAUAGUCCGCUCAUAGCCUACAUUUUAUUGCCAGCUACUUUAAUAAGUAGAUGCGCUGGUAAAAAACUAUUUUGUAUUUUCGAUAUUCUUAUAGCGAUCGCUUUAAAGAAGUUAGUUGAACGUCAGUUACGACACAAAAACAAUGCUUCAACGAUCGCCACUUACUGUGCUUUAUUUUGGAUCUAUAAUCCAAUGAGUAUCGCUAUCUCCAGCAGAGGUAACGCCGAUUCUGUGCCGUGUCUAUUCGUAAUACUAUCAAUACUAUUCCUACAGACAGAUAUCGUUACAGGUCUCAUUAAAUAUGUACUGUCCGGUUUUUUCCUCGGCAUUUCGAUACAUUUACGCCUAUACCCAUUAGCAUUGAGCUUUCCAAUGUACUUGUCUCUGGGCGAUUAUAAAAUAAAUCGCAGUACUCCGAUCUUGGCGGGUUUAGCGUCAUUGAUGCCGAAUAAAAAGCAAAUCAUUUUAACGCUCACUUGUGUUGUCACGUUAUCACUAUUGACAUGGGCUAUGUACGCUAUGUACGGUUACGAGUUUUUAUUCGAAACGUACAUUUAUCAUUUGUUCAGGAAGGACACUAAGCACAACUUCUCGGUGCUCUUUUAUUAUUCAUAUUUAACAAUGGACCAUCUAUCUUUUGACGUAGUUAAGACCAUUUUGCAGAUUUUCGAGGCUAUUAUCUUGUUUGUUAUAAGCUUGGCCUUCGGAACUAAAGCAGAGACUCUACCGUUCGCCCUUUUUUGUCAGCUGGUCAUACUGGUGACGUACAACAGUGUAAUGACGUCACAGUAUUUUAUAUGGUUUUUAUCCCUCUUGCCGUUGGUUGUACAUAGUUUUAAAAUGAAGCCUGCCAAAGCUUUUUUAUUGUUUAUACUGUGGCUGUCUGCUCAAGGGGCUUGGUUGUUUUAUGCGUAUUUACUUGAGUUUAAGAGUAGAGAAGUUUUUAUAUUUAUUUGGCUAAAAAGCGUAGUAUUUUUCUGUUCAAAUAUAUUUAUUCUAGCGCAGUUAAUAAAAAGUUAUACACCCGACUAUGGUUUUGGCCAAAUAAAUGAAAAAAGUGAUGUCAAAAAUGAUUAAUUCAUAGACAGUGUUGUAAUGUAGAAAAUAGUUACAAAUUUAGUGUGUAGGUUGUAUUUAAAUGAAAUAAAUAAAUUCUAAUAAUU